AUGUUUAUUGAAGGGAGAAAACGAUCUGACAUUAACAGACCAAACUCAUCACCACAGACCGGCAUCCUUCCUGUUAUGAGAGUUUCCUCAAACUGUCAGAGAAAUAUCAGCUUGUUGACCUUUGACCCUGAUGGAGACCAUGUUCAAUGCAGACAUGGAUCCAAUUCCAAUGAAUGCUCCACCUGCACACCUCCGUCUGUCCUCAGUCUCUCAUCAUCUUGUUCUCUUUCAUUCAGUCCAACCAGCAGCAGUGAUGAAGGUUCAUAUGCAGUUCAGCUGAUGAUGGACGAUUUUCCCAGACAGACAAUCACUCUGACUGAUUCCAGUGGUUCUAUAGUGUCGAUAAGCUCCAGCAGUUCGAUGAGCAGAAUCCCUGUCCAGUUUGUUUUCAAAGUGGAUCCUGCAGCUCCGUCCUGCACAGCAGGUGAAUAUCUGCCCAGGUUUCUGCCUCCAACUCCUGAACAUGGAGCUCAGUUCUUCAUAGACAUCAAUGAGAUGAUAGAAAUCAACAUCAGAGCAGAGGCGACUCAGUCUGUGAUCACUGAGCUCCUGUUCAGUGGACCGGUCAACAUGGUCAAGAGUUCAUCUGGUUCAGGAAAUUUCACCCUGAGAUGGACGCCGUCUGUCAGUGAUGAUGAUAAAGAAAGCCAUCCCAUCUGUUUUGCUGUCCAGGCAAAUGCAAACAGUUCUGUCUACCAGUCUGAGCUUCGAUGUGUCAUUGUGAGGGUUGGAAACAUACCUUUCAUAGCGACUCCAAGUCCUCCUCCUAAAACAUCUGUGACUUCAACUACUGUUGCUCUCCCUUUGACAACUACAAGUCCUCAACCCAAAACAUCUCGUCUUACGGUUCUGAAGAUGAAGAUCUCCACUACGCUGUCACUGAAAGAGAAUAAAGAUGAAAUUGAGAAAGCGAUUAAAGAUGAACUGAUCAGACGAGGGCUGCCUCCAGACAUCAAGGUCCGCCUGCUGAGCGACGGUUCAGUGCAGGUUAAAGAAACAGCUGCCCCCUAGUGGCUACAAAUGAUAAUAAAUCUGAUCCAUGAAGAGGAAUAUUACUGGGUUUAUCUGUUUUUACUUCUUGUACUUUUUAAUAAAUCUGGGGACUUAUGGUUGUUUUAGUUAGUGUGGGAAUACAAGUUUGGUUCGAGUGAUUUUUUAAGUUAUGUUAAACAGAACUUAGUCUUUCAUUUAUGGGUUAAUCAGUUGUAGUUAAUUUAGUAGGGUUUCAUCCACUUUAUUUUUAAAUUUGUAUUGAUCUUAAACUGAUUAUGUUAUUCAAUUUCUUUUAUGAACAUUAUAUGGUAUGUGUAUUAAUUGUUUGUAAUCAAACUUCUGUUUAACUCUGACAUGUGGGGUCAUCAAGGGGUCAUCGAGGGGUCAAGGAGAGCACUGUAUGGUCUCAAAAACCAGUCUGAUGUUGAUUAGGUUGGUAGGGAGGACAACCUAGUGGAUCGCUCCAGUUUACUGAUAAACUCAGUCCCACGUCCUUGAGAAUAAUAUUUUGUUCAAAAUAACACCUGGAUUAUCUCUGGGUAGAAAAUCAUCCUGAAGGAGAACGUCCAUCUCCUGACUGCCAACGUCAGGACGGCCCAGGUAGAAAACCCACCUGGACAGCCAGGUAAAAAUGUAUGUGAGCUACAACAGUCAGUCAGAUCACCGGCUGAGACACGGUGCUCUCUGAAGACGCUUCUCUAUUUCUUUAUAUAGGUGAUUAAUGUUUCCUUUUGUUUGUAAUAAUCAACGAUCAUGUUGGUGUGAUUUCAUGCAUUUGAUUGAUUGAAUAAAAUAUUGAUUGAUCUGUGAUUGUUGUCUGGGUUUCACUUUUACGUUCAGCAUCUACAGACCUGGAGAGAUGAGAAGUGACAACGAGCAACAGUAGAAAUAUCUCAUCUCAAUGGUUGUCU